GAACAAUUUGACAGUUCAUCAAUUUUUUCAGUUUUGUUCUUUGCGUAGCCUGUUUCUCGACUAAAUAUAUUAAGAAAUGAGCCAUACAGCAGAAAAUUCGCCAGUUAAAACGAUUAAAACAUCUCCUGAACGUCCAGCAGAGAAAUCUAUAAACAACAACAUCAAAGAAAGAUUAAAUUUACACGUAAAAAGACGUUUGCAAGAAUCUGGAGCUGAUACUUCUUCGUUGAACAACAACACCACUACAAACACCACCAUCUCCCACAACAACAACAACAAUGAAAUAAAGGUUCGUAAACAAUAUACAAAACGAACUGAGAAAGUGAAUAACCCAACCAUUAUACGUCGAGCGAAACGAACGAAAUUGAAACUAACAACUGGAAUUGGAACAACAAAUACAGUGAGUCAAAGAGAUUCGGAGAGUGUUGGUUCAGUGGCGUCAACUUCGACAACAACUGCCAGUGCUGGCGAUGAUGAAGGUAGUCGUGAUGGUAAUUCACAAAAUCCCGAUAAUAUACUUCAUUCGCCACGAGAAAAGGAAAAAUGUCCAGAUUUAUUAAAUGUUGUACUGAAUGUUAAAAAGAGAGCUCUAUUUCAAAAUCCGGAAGUGAUUCAGUUCUUGCAUAAUAUAAUGGAUGUAAUAAGACAGUAGAUAGAAUUUUGUAAAUUUUGUUUUAAAAUUUUUUAAUUUUAUUGACAUUUCACAAAGUGUACAACAACACAUAAAAACACGUUAUUUUGUUUUUAAUAAUAAAUAUCCCGACAAACAAUUUUGAUUCUAUAAAGCUUUAC